AUGUUUUCCUUCCUUGGCAUUUACUAUCACCACAAAGCUUUUAAUUUAGAGCCUGGGGAGGGCUUCGAAACUAGAGGCACGGAAUUGGCAGGUCAACGGUUGGCCUUGGAUCAGAUUGAAGCUCAUAUCACUUCUCCAUCUGGAUAUUUUUUUGAUAUGAGGAAAAAACGGGAAAUAAUAGAGAAUACAACGACCGAGGAACCAUUAGAGGAGAGCACCUACGACUAUAAUGACUAUGGAAAGGAAGCAGAAGCCGUGGAAGAAGAUUUGAAUGAUGUCUGUGUACAGUAUUAUGCCAUUGGUGAGGGCAUACCAUAUUUGACCAUCGAUCCAAUGGCGAAAUUGAUUUUUGAAGUGUCUUCUAUUGAGGAGCUGAAUGUCUACAAGACCGGCGAAAAUGCGGAAAAAUUCUAUGAAACAUUACUUGAAAAGCUAGAAGUCAAUUUCACCGGGGCAAUCACUUUGAAAGGAGCUUACUUUGAGCAAAAACUAACUCUUUUUCGAAAAUCCAUCCUUCCUGAUGUUCUUCUUGGCGGCGUUUCGUUGCUAUUAGUAUUGAUCUGUUUCCUGCUCUACUCCAGAUCUUUCCUAUUUACGGGAGUUAUCCUGGCUACGGUAUUGCUCUCCCUAACAACUGCAUACGCCAUUUAUACAUUAAUUCUGGCGCUAAAAUUCUUCCCAUUUGUUAACCUACUUACACUGGUGCUUAUGGUAUCGAUUGGAGCUGAUGACGCGUUUUUGCUGUUGGUGUAUUUGCGUGAAGAAAAGCGGCUUCGAAAACCCGGGAGCCAGCACUUUAUUUUAACAUCAUCAAAUUCAUCGCUCGAAAAACCGAUGGUCUCUAGAACUGAACUUCUUCGUGCCAGUCUACCUCAUUCCCUAAUUUCAAUGUUUGUCACCAGCUCGACGACUUGUAUUGCUUUCAUCUCAAAUCUGUCGAGCCCUGUGAUUGUUGUACGAUGCUUUGGGAUCUACGCUACGCUAACAAUUGCUAUUAACUAUAUACUGGUACUUCUCCUACUGCCCGCAGCCAUGUCCUUAACCCAAUGUGGCCCAAGAAAUCGAUAUUCUAACCAACUCAAGCGAUUGUUGUUUGAGAAGACAGAUGGUUUCUAUGAGAAGGCUGCGUCGAGAGUAUCGGCCUGGAUUUUUAAGUUGAGAUACCUCGGUCUUUUUAUAACACUGCUAACAGCUUUUGUCUCGUUAUACGCUCUCCUUGUUCAUCCAGGGAUACAGCUGCCUGAAAGUAAUCCAAUGCAGUACCUACGCUCUUCCCAUCCCUAUGAAUGGUUUGACGAUCACCGCCCAUUCUUUUGCUUUGAGAAAAAUCGGAAUCUUCGCCAUACUAUAAACUACGUUCGUGGGAUCAACCCAAAUCACGACUCAAGUUCCUUAAAUCCAUUCGAUGAGGGAGUUUUCUCAUUUUCCGGUGUGAACCUGACAACGGUGCAAAAAGUGGAGGAGUUACAGGACUCUGCUCAUCUACUUCGUGAUCUAAACCCAGACUUUGCCGAUAGAACCAUGUGGAUCGACGAAUUUUUGGAGUAUAUUGGAAAGAAUGCUUGCGAGGAUGAGGACAAUACAUGUUGUACAAAUACGACGAUUGACGAGGGCUGUUUUCUAAAAUACGCCAAGCGAAGUUUUUGCCAGGAAUUUCCGCUGCCAUUCCGAUACGGGCCAGCUGAUUGCCCGCUGUUUGAUAAGGAAAAGAAAUUGAAAGCCUACUUCAUCUCCGUUCCCAGCCAACAAAGGCUAUCACUAGCUUACUCAAAGACGAAGGCUUUAUUUAAGGAAUUGCAUACGGUAGAGGAGGGAAUAAAGGCUAAAAGUGGAGGUGAUGUUUAUCUACUUCUAUCAGAAUCUCACGUCACCAAGAUGUACGAUUUAUUGUCGAAAUUGCUUACUUCCACUAUGGGAUCGGUGUUGGUCUCGGUAGCAGUAUCGCUUGUUGUCAUCAUCGCCUGUACCUGGGAUCUCUCAAUCUCCUUGCUCAGUAUUACUGCCAUCGGAUCUGUCAUUCUAAACACAUUGGCGGCCGUCGUUUGGAUGGGUUGGCGCAUCAACGUCGUGGAAGCAACAAUUACGGUACUCUCCAUCGGACUCUCAUUUGAUUACACAUUACAUUACGCUGUCGCCCAUCGUCAUGCCCAUGAUCCAUGCAUCGAGCUGAGGAUACGGUCUUGCAACAACUCAGCCGGCCGAGCUGUAUUGGCUGGAGCUGUUACUUCAAUUCUAGCCGGUCUACCAAUGCUGUCUGCUCGUACGAAUGCGUUUUAUCAAAUUGGGUGCUUUAUGAUUGUUAUUAGCUUGCUGUCCUUGGUCACCGGUGCUUUUUUGUUUCCAUCGUUGCUCGCUGUUUGCCUGGAUUUGAGGUGUUGGCGGCGGAAAAAUGUGAAAAUCGAAGUUUAU